AAGCAUGGCAGGCUGGGAACAGAGACACCAGCAGCAAAUGGAGGCCAUCGUGACACAGCUUCAGAGACAGCAGACCGAGGCUGGGAGUCAGGCCAGUAACAUACCGACUUUUCGGGACAGAGAACUGGGAUACCAACAAAGCCCAGCAGAGAAUUUUCUGUUGUUGGAGGACUGCACAAUAUACUGUACAAAUGAAGACUUUUUUCAGUGCAAAAGUAGUACAAAAUGUUUUGAGAAGAAAUACCGCUGUGAUGGGGUGCCACAGUGUCCUGAUGGAUCUGAUGAAAAAAACUGUACAGUCACUAAACACGUCCGCUGUCAAAGUGGGGAAUUUAAAUGUCCAUCUGGUGAAUGCUUGCUAAUGGAAUGGAAAUGUGAUGGUGCAAAAGACUGUAAAGACGGAAGUGAUAAAAAGGACUGUAAAUUGGAGAAGAUCACUUGUGAAAAUGAGCAGUGGGCUUGUGCUAGUGAAGAUCAAUGUAUUCCGACGAUGUGAUGGUCGCACGGACUGCCAUGAUGGCAGUGAUGAAGUUCACUGCAAACUGCAGAUGUGCAAAAGUAACGAGUAUCAGUGUAAAAAUCUUAAUUGUGUUCC